AUGCCAAAACAACCUGCCAACCCGGAACCGGCUCACCCAGACGUAGAUUCGAUGCUCUCCCGAAAGUUUGGCAAAGAGGUCGCCAACUACUUCUCAGGAUCACCCUUGAAUCGACUGGCCUUCUUGCGAGCCGACAAUGUCUUCCUGUCCCAGGCGUUGAAGCACUCGAGCACAUCAUUCCUCCUCUGCAACGAACUCCAACCUCUCGUCCAAGCCAACACUCCACCCGGCGCUGGCAAGCUUGCAUACGUGAAGUAUGAGGAUAUCAAACCUGUCAUCGGCGAGAACCCAUAUGCACAGACCGAGAAAGAGAUAAUAGAGGCAUAUAACAGCGAUGUAUACGUUCCACAGAUGAUCUUCUUGGGAAUUGACGAGAAGGAUAAGAAUGGACUGGAAUACCAAGGCAAGAACAAAUACAUGGGUGCCCCUUACUUCGCGAUCGAUGUUACGCCGAGAAACAGCGUAAAAGAGGCUUGCGAGAAGUUGAUCGAGGCGCAGAAAGCAAAGGGACUAGAUUUCUCAAAGGGUCGUGUCAUGGAUGUUGUAGCGCAAGAUGCGGCCGUCUACGCAGAGGCACGGCAACUUCUCGACUGGAACGUUCGCAAUCCCUUCUGUGCAUCCUGUGGCCAACCUACAAUGAGCGUCAAUGCUGGCUUCAAGCGAACCUGCCCUCCUACGGACAAGUCGACGAAGCGCAUUAGUAACGCCCUUCCUUCGACCACCGAGCAGGUGGUGGAUCAGAGCGCGAGGCCACCAUGCGUUACGCGAAACGGCGUUUCCAACCUUUCAUUCCCACGCACCGAUCCUACUGUGAUCAUGGCAGUCGUGAAUUCGGCAGGAGACAAGAUUUUGCUUGGACGGCAGAGACGGUGGCCACCGUAUUGGUUCUCGACCUUGGCAGGCUUCGCAGAACCAGCUGAGUCGAUCGAAGAAGCAGUGAGGCGAGAGGUAUACGAGGAAGCAGGAGUCCUUCUAGGGCGUGUGGUUAUUCACUCGACGCAACCUUGGCCGUAUCCUGCGAACUUGAUGAUCGGCGCGAUUGGUCAGGCUAUCCCCACGGGUGAGACCAUUGAUCUCGGUAAUGAUCCGGAGCUGGAUGAUGCGAGAUGGUUUGAUUUUGAGGAAGUGAGAAACGCGCUGGCAGUUGGAACUUCAGGGCUUGGAGAAGAUGCUCCUGCAGGUUACAAGGAGGGCGGUUUGAGGUUACCACCGAACACUGCGAUUGCCAAUCAGCUCAUGACGGCCGUUGUGAAUGGCUUUGCCAGUGGUGAGAGCAAGAUAUGA